AACACUCGUUGUCAUCAUACAAUCAUUCACUUCGUCCGCUUAACCACAGAAUACUUAUACAAUGGAAAAUCCAGCAAGACAUUCCGCUUGUCGGCGCGAUAAUGAUCCCUACAGUCGAACAGCCAAGGCAGUUAUCGCACUAUCUUGUUGCUUGCCAAGCUUGCUGCCGUCAGGAUAGACAAGCGUCUAAGCCAUCAAAUCGACCAAGUCAAACCAUGUUGGGCAAUCUGUUCAAUCAACAUGUCAAUUGUCCCGAAGGCACUUGCAAAUGGCUGUUGUCAGCCACCACCAGCCUCAGACCGACCAUCACCAAUCCAGCGAAAUGAACGGGCCGGUGAACGGCCAAUCACAGAGGAAGCGAACCCCGCCCCCAGUCUGUCCCGCGUUUCUCUCUGCUCGACGAUCGAAUACUGCCCGCUGCGCCGUUGUUCGGAUCACGAUUGUCUACUUGCUCAAGUCAACGACGGUAACUACAACCUCAGACGCACGGCAAAAGCCGAGGCCAGCAUUGUACGCAAAUCCAAGCACACGAGAACCACAAUGAGAUUGAUCAACACCGAGACACUGGAGCUCCAUGAGUUCUUCGAGUCGCAGGCUCCGACCUACGCGAUACUUUCGCACACAUGGGACAAAGACGAGAUUACCUUGCAGGAGAUGCUUUCCAUGUCUCCGUCCACCAUGGUAAAGGCUGGAUACAAGAAGAUCCAGGAUACCUGCAAAAUGGCACAAUCGAGGGGUCAACAAUGGGUCUGGAUUGACACCUGUUGCAUCGACAAGUCAAGCAGCGCCGAACUCACCGAGAGCAUCAACUCCAUGUACCGCUGGUACCAAAAUGCCCACGAAUGCUACGCUUAUCUUGUCGAUUUUGCCCCCGGAUCGCUGCCGCAAGAUGAACUUGAGAAAUGCCGCUGGUUCACACGAGGGUUCACUUUGCAGGAACUCAUUGCGCCCAAGACUGUGGUAUUCUUCGACAGAGACUGGAACGUGGUUGGCGAGAAAGGGGACAAGAACAUUCUCGAAAUUAUCGCCCGUUUCACGGGUAUUUCAGAAGAUCUUCUGUCUGGUUUUCGGCCAGUGGAUGACUAUGCAAUUGCCGAGCGGAUGCUCUGGGCUUCGUCUCGCGAAACGACCCGCCCUGAAGACAAAGCUUACUGUCUUCUCGGCAUAUUCGAAGUCAAUAUGCCCCUCAUAUACGGAGAAGGUGACAAUGCGUUCCGCAGACUCCAAGAGGAGAUCAUCAAGCGUAGUAACGAUCUAUCAAUCUUCGCCUGGGGCACACCUCUCAACUGGGAACCUACCAAGAAGGGAAGCUUGACGGAGCGUCGAUAUUUGGGCCUUUUUGCCAGAUCACCAGCAGACUUUGGGGCAACAUGGGA